CGCUCGCGCACGUCUGCCAACCCGCAACGAUAUUGAAUAUUUUCGAUAAAUUCACGUAAAUUCCGUCUGUUAUAUUCUUCUAUGCAAUUUUUCUCUUUCAACGCAUCGAUCCAGACAACACGAAAGAGUCGUUUACGACGAGAAUUCUGAAAUUCGUGCACAAGAAAGAGUCCCAUCAUGUAACUAGAAUUUCUAGUAAUAAACGAAACGAUUGGUCGUCGUGGGAGAGAUGAAUCGGACCACACGAAGGUAGAUGAAUUAAACGGACGUUUAUUCUCGUUCUGUUCUCGAGCUUUGCUUAUGUAUAUUUGUCUCGAUCCUUAUUUAUUAUUUUACGAAGGCUCGACGAUUGAAACUCAUCUCUCGUGGAUGAAUCGUGUGCGUGGGCGCGCGCGACGUAGCGGUUGGCCGGCCUGCCGGCGGUGGCCGACUCAUUCGCUCAUUUCACCCAUGUCUCGUCGAGCGCGAGAGGCAGGUGCAGGUGUGCUGCCCUGUCGUCCGCGAGCGUUUGAUCGGGGGUGGUGAAGACGAGUCCACGGGACAACGUUCGUACGUGCGUAACGAGAUCGCGCGCGGACGGAAAAAACUCGCGUCGCCGCGGCGGCUCCAACAUCCGGCGAAGGACCGUGACGUCGAGGGAGAAGAGAGAGAGAGAGAGAGAGAGAGGGAAAGAGAAUCGGAGCGCUCCGAGUCCGGUGUCGUGGCGGCAGUGAUAAGGAGAGAGAGAGAGAGAGAGAGAAGGAAAGAGAGCGAGAGAGAGAGACCGUGAACGCGAGUGCGUGCGUCCAUCCGACAGAACCGAUCCGGGUUGACACACGGGUGCGUGGGUGGUGCAUCGCGGACGGCGCGCGCGAAAUUUCACGCGCGGGAGGAGAGAGAGAGAGUCGCGCGUAGGCGUGGACACGCGCGCGCGUCCGGCUUGCGCGCCCUAGGGAAUCUCGGCGCCACGGCGCGGCGUUGCCUGUCCGCGCGAGAGACACGGAUCGUCCGGUGGACGGAGUCGCGCUGUGCUUGCUGUGUGUGAACGCGGAGCCGCAAGGAGUCCGGAGUCGAGUCGUCGAGCCAGCGAGGUCCGCCGCGCGGCGAGUGAAGUGAAGUGAAGUCGUCGCGAAGCAGCUCCAUACGGACGGAGGAGCACAGCGUGAAAAGUGACUCGGUGGCGGCGAGAGAGAGAGAGAGAGAGAGAGAGAUUUCGAACGAGCGCGCGAGCGCACGCACGGACGUACCGUACGCACGCACGCGGCUCGCUCGCGUUCAGGUAUAAUAAUAAUAUCCCGCGCGGCGCUCCGCGCGGCGCGUAAUGGAGGAGCCGACGACCGCAAAGAAGCCCGCCCGCCACAGUAGCAGCAACAGCAGCACCGGUAGCGACAGCGAGUACAAGAGGAGAACAAGUAGCGGCACAACCGUGCGCAACGACAAUCGUCACCGUCACCACUAUCACCACCGCCGCCGCCACCACGGUGAUGCCGUGCUGCGUCGCCGCGUCGCCAGAGCGUGAGCCGCGCGACCGUACCUGUCGUCGACUGUUCCGGCACCCGGCAUCCCGGCGGCCGCCGCCGGGCGUCACAGGCGGCUCGAAAUUGCUAUGGGAUCGUCCGGAGCGACGACGCCGCACGACGCCGCUGCUACUACGACCGUACGAUUCCUCCCGCUGCCGUGACGUUCGUCGCCGUGACCAUCGUCGGGGGACCAUCGUCGUCGUCGUCGUCGUCGUCGCUGCGAACCCCAAGGAGCGACAGCGUCUCGUCAGAUAGGCUUCCGCACCGCGCCCUUUCACGCCCGCCGCGUCGCCGAUCGUUCCUAGACAUCGCGCGGCCGAGAGGGACAAGAGGAUCGCGCACGGCGGAGAGGUUAGGCUGGCAUGGGGAUUGAGCCUCGUCGUGAGGUGGCAUCGUCCGUCGAACUCUGACAAUCAGCCAGCCAGCCAACCUGCCUGCUUGCUUGCUUGAUUGCUUUGCCCCUGCUUUGGCACCCUCUCUCACUUAACCCCCUUCCCACCCUUCUGUCGCCGCCACCCGCGCGCGUCCUACCCUUCCGCGCCCUACGCGGUGUACACCGCGCCCGCGCGUGCCCUUUUCCGCCUGCGGAAACUGCGGCGAGUUGUGUGUGUUCGUUCCGUUCUCUAUCGUAUCGCGUCCCAUCGUGUCACGUCGUGUCGCGUCGCGUUCCGCCGUCGUCGUCGUCGUCCGCGCUUCCCAGGGGUAUCGAGGAUACGCUGCCCCGCACGGGGAUCGAUCCCCGUCACUGACUCAAAACUGACAUCGUCGCCGCUGUCGCCGUCGUCGUCCUCGUCGACGUCGACGUCGUCGCGAGUGAGUGGUGAAAAAUUGUGUGCGCGCAGUUGGAUCGUGUAUCGAUAAUUAAUUCGCCGCAACCGUGGAUAACAACGGCCGGUACGAGAUGCAGAAGCGGGACGGUAGGGACAACCGCGGCGACAAGGAGCUCGGGGGAGCGCGCAGCUCCGAGCGCGACCAGGAGGUCGCCAAACGGACCUCUCGAGGCAGCGCCAACGCCGCCCGGUCGAACGUGCACUCGUCCCGGCACAGCGUCACCUCGUCGUCCGGCGUGCUCAUGGUCGGCCCGAACUUCCGGGUCGGCAAGAAAAUUGGCUGUGGAAACUUCGGGGAGCUUCGUCUUGGGAAGAACCUGUAUAAUAGUGAGCACGUAGCAAUUAAAAUGGAACCAAUGAAGUCAAAGGCACCACAGCUACAUUUAGAAUAUAGGUUUUACAAAUUAUUAGGUACACAUGUUCAUAACACACAUAUAGAGGGUAUACCGGAGGUGUACUACUUUGGCCCGUGUGGGAAGUACAACGCCCUGGUGAUGGAGCUCCUUGGUCCAAGCCUCGAGGAUCUCUUCGACCUUUGCGGGAGGAGGUUCACCCUCAAGACCGUUCUCAACAUUGCCACACAGCUCCUCCAUAGGAUAGAAUACGUUCAUAGUCGGCAUUUGAUAUAUCGCGACAUCAAGCCGGAAAAUUUUCUGAUAGGACGAUCCACUACCAAGCGGGAAAAAAUCAUUCACAUAAUCGAUUUUGGACUAGCCAAAGAGUAUAUAGACUUGGAGACGAAUAAGCAUAUACCAUAUCGGGAACACAAGAGUCUCACCGGCACAGCGCGUUACAUGAGCAUUAACACGCAUCUCGGCAAAGAACAGAGUAGAAGGGACGAUCUAGAGGCGUUAGGCCACAUGUUCAUGUACUUCCUGCGCGGCAGCCUGCCGUGGCAAGGACUAAAAGCUGACACGCUGAAGGAGCGCUACCAAAAGAUCGGCGACACGAAACGAGCAACGCCGAUCGAAGUGCUCUGCGACGGUCAUCCUGAGGAAAUGGCUACGUACCUGCGUUACGUACGCAGACUGGACUUCUUCGAGACACCGGAUUACGAGUACUUGAGGAAGCUCUUCCAAGAUCUGUACGAGAGACGUGGCUUCGUUAAUGACGGCGAGUUUGACUGGACUGGCAAAACGAUGUCCACGCCUGUCGGAUCGCUUCAAACCGGCCAGGAGAUCGUCGUAUCACCGAAUCGCGAUCGGCAUCCCGCCGCAUACAAGGAUGUGGCAGGUGGAGGGGUGGGAGGUGGGGGCGGUAAAGGGGUGGGAACCACGUGGCCAGAUGUGAAGCAAUCAGGAGCCGGUGGUACAUUGACACCUGCUGACAGGCACGGUUCUGUACAGGUGGUAUCAUCGACUAAUGGAGAACUGGCCAACGAUGACCCGACCGCUGGUCACUCCAACACACCAAUUACAGCACCUCAGGAAGUGGACAUGAUCGACGAAACCAAUGUUUGCUUCAUUUCCAGAUGCUGUUGCUUCUUCAAGCGCAAGAAGAAGAAAAGUGGAAGGCAGAAAUGACUGUCCGUUACCGUUGGUCUCGGGGGGGCGGUGCAGUGCGCGGGUAAUAGUGCCGACGAGACCGUGGAAGCUGUCGCCACGACGUCAAGGACUGGCAAGCGGGGCGCAGGAACGGGAGCACGUACGGGCACAGGUACAGCAGGUGGUAUCGCAGGUGGCGCUGAUCCUGAGAGAGAAGCCGUCACCCUACUGCGUGUCGGCAGCCGAUCUGCAUCACGAGACUCGGUGCUGCACACUACCAUCACGAUGACACCGACACCAACGCCACCGCCGCUGUCGAACUGAAUCAUCAUCACCAUCAUCAUCAUCAUCACUAUCACUACCACCACUACCAUCACACAACCAUUCUACUACCGUCGUCGCUAUUAUCAUUAAUUGGACGGUUGCACGAUUGAGUUCGAGAUCAAGAGAAUGAAGCUGCUUUUCCUCUGGUCAAUCGAGCUGAUCUCUUCGAUAAAUAGGCGGACUCGCUGACGAUUCAAACACUCGCUUCCCGCUCUUAUAGUGAAACACUACAGUAAUCUCAGUAUUGUUUGCGAGAAUUGAAUUUAGAAUUAUCUUGACUACGUGUUACAAUCAAAGCACGGUCGACUUAAAAUUCUACAGGAGGACAUCAAUGAUACUUCAUACAUCGAUGCCGGAUUUUUAUUAAACCUUGUUGAGUCAGAAUUUUUUUUUUCGUCAACUCAUUUUUUAAUAGAGCACAUCUGAAUGGAAAAUAGCUAAUAACAUAUUCUACGAUAUGAAGUUUUUCUCGGAGAAAAUGUAAUUAUUGGUUCCUAGUCAAGCAUUGAAAUCCAAGAAAAAAUUCAGGCUAUCUGUUAAUAGUAUUUUUGCGAUAAAUAAUGAUGUAAUGAAUAACAUGGAAAUUAAUGAAAUUUAAAAAGAUAUUUGCAUGUUUUUCGCAUAUUUAUUUAAUGAAACGUAAUGGAUUUCUCUUUUCAUAAACUGAUAAAUUUAAUUCUAUGAUUAAAAAUUUUCACGUAAACUUUUAUUAAGGUCAAUAUAUAUCUUUAGUCAAUGGUUCCACCUUUUGUAAUGCAUUUCAUAUGCGUCUUAUAAUUUGUCGAUUCACAUUCCCUUCCCUCAUUCUCACGAACGAGCUGAUAAAUAUUCCUUGUGGCCUUGAGCUACUGAUACAAGUCAAGACGUUAGCGAAUCCAUUACCUACUUACUGAAUAAAUCCUCUCGUUUAGCCAAGAAAAGUGACCUCGUGCGAUUAGACUAUUGCUACUAUUGUCACGAUUACAUUUCAUCUUGUUGCUGCCCACUAUCCACUACUAUUACUAUUUACUACUGCUACCAUUACUACUAUUAGGUACUACGAUUACUAUUAUUAUAAUAAUUAUCCUUCAUUAUUUUAUUUUAUUUCAUUAUUAUUAUUGUGUGUGUGUGUGUGUGUGUGUGUGUGUGUGUGUGUGUGUGUGUGUGUGUGUGUGUGUGUGAGUGUGUGCGCGCGCGCGCGUGUGUGUGCGUGUGUGAUGUUAUAUUAUGUUGAACAUCUUUAUCGUCAUCGUCAUUAUAAUCGUCGUUGGUCAUCGUUUCCAUUGUCAUUAUCAUCAUCAUCAUUCCCAUUGUCCACACACCCGCGUUUAUCAAUUACGUUGUUAUCGAUGUCAUCAAUGUAUUGACACUGUCGUUGUUGACUGAGAACGGUCGUCGGUUGUAAUGACGGCCAGUGACGUUUCAGUAUCGGGAAACCAAUCGGAUCACAUCCGCAUUAGGAAUAAGAAGGAAUUGAUGUACCGAUGUUGAGAGACUUUGUUUGUGCCUACGACUCUCUUCUUAUAACACGGGGACGCUUUUUAAUACAUCGCUGUGUCGUGCGAUGGAUACACAUUCGGCAACUCGUCGUGCGAUCGCAUAUAUAACUGUGAAUUAUAACGAAUUGUUAAGCUAUUGCAGAUCUCAUUGUAUUCACAGCCCUACAUGAGCAAGCGUAGCGCGUUCCCGAAUUUGUUACAAUCGUGAUUUCGAGUGUCGCGAAAUCUGAUUAUGAUUCUCUUGAAAGGCAUGAAACUGAAAAGAACGAGAUUACGAUAGUCAUGCACGUUUCAUCUGUCCAUAGAUACAGGAUUGAGACGUCGGAUAUAUGUAAAUAAGUGUUCUCAUUUUGCCCCUUGUCGCGCGUCCACAAAUUAUAAAUCAUGCGCGAAUCGCGAGAACAUAGUGCUAUGUACAAAGUGAAAGUUUGCGCUCUAAUUUUAUUAGGUAUUUUUUAUUUUGAUUCUUUUAAUUCACUGUCCAAGGAAUGUGCAAAAAAUAACACGGAAUGAUGCAUUGGAAUAUUUAUUAGGAUGCAUUUGUGGUAUAUAUACGAGACCUUUCCGUAUAAAUAUAUAACUUCAAUUUUAAGUUACAUAUAUCAUAGGGAAUCAUAUGUAUAUUAAAGUUUCAACUAUCCCAAUGCGUUAAUUGUCGAAAUGAUUUCUUUGAUCUAUGUACACUGCCUAUUUUUUCUACACGGAGAUCAUUGAUGCACGAGAGUUCUUAUCAUUGCAGAUCGUAGCCAUUAAAGAAUAUUUCGCUGUGAGUAAAAAAAUAUUUCUUCGAGCUCUAUGAUCUCUUUGGAAAUAUCUCAACGCAAUCAUACGAUAUCAUUCGCGUAUCAUUUAUGAUUAUGAUAAUUCCCCAUCUGCCCGCGUUUAUAAAUUGACAUCCGUAAUUUUUACAUACGGCUCGACGUAAAUCGCGCAAGGAAUUCGCACACGGUUUUCAAAGUAAUAUCAGUUUUUGGUUUCAUGUCUUUCAAAACGAAAUUAUCAUGUGAGAGUGAUCUAUCACGAUAAGCAGUUGAAAUAAUUACAUUUUACAUAACAUAUCGAUGAAGUAAGAUUUUUUCUGUCUGUAGACUAUAGCAUAUAUAAUGAAAAUUUAGUAACGCAUAAAUGCGAGAAAAUUAUGUGACAUAGCCGAAAUUAUAUGACAUUGCAGUCGAUUCGUGUUCCAACACCAGUGUGUAUCGAUUUUAAAAAAAGGGAAAAAGAAAAAAUUAUAAAAAAGGAACAGAAAAGAAAAGCGUUUCUUUCGAUACGAAUUAUCUCUAUGAAGAGAGUGCGAUGUUCGCGGACAGCUCUUGUUUCUUAAUCUAUGCGCGUUUUCGAAUAUUCUUAAAAAACCACUAACGAAUUAAAAAGAGAAUCAAUAGUAUGUCCGCACCUGAUUCCAUUUCGAUGUUCUUGAAAUGAAAAUCUAUGUCGUCGGAAUCAAUAAUAAAAAGCUGAAACCGAAUGUACGUGAUCUUUAUCGAGACAGAUUGAUUUAAAUACAGAAGGAACGAAUUAUCGAAUACAUGCAAUAACGUAAACAUUCACUUUGUAACGAACUUUGCUGUAUAUUUAAUCUCACUAUUUUUCAUGAUGCGAUGAAGAGAGCCUUAUCGUCGCGAGGCAUUUCUAGGGAUUUACAUGAAGUGACACGUGCGAUUUUCUGGUAAUGGUUCGCAACGAAACAUUUAAGCGACCAAGAGACAAAAUACGUACGAAAAAUCCGGAGAUCACGGCGAACAAGGAUCUCAACAGCCAUAUGGAUUAAAUAAGCAAGUAAGGAUAUUUGAUUAUUAUUGAUUAGUUUUAAUUGUUUCAAAUUUAAAUUCAAGAUACUUUGAACAAAAAUCUCUUGUUAAAUUUAAUCAUGAACAAAAAUUCCAUAGAAGAUUAUAACAUUUCUUAGAGUUUAAAAUUAGAAUCAUUGUUUUAAAAAAUAAGAUUUGCGAACUUAUUUUUGACAUUAAGACAAACUCGAAUUUCAUUAAAAGUACAAUCUAUAUAAAAAUACAAUUUAUUUUGAAUAGUAAGUUAAAUAUUUGACCGAUAAAUAUAAAACAAAGACAAUUUAUUUUAUAUAAAAUAAAUUCACAGAAGUUUCUAAGUAUUAACAUACAAAUUUAUUCCGUUUUCAGAGUUUCUCAGCCAGAGAAUUUCCCGUUAGACUAAUAUUACUUGUUUGCCCAAAGAAAGUUAAAUUCAGGUCUAUGUCUUUUUGCAGGAACACAGUAAACGGUGACAUCGAAUGAGUAGAGGCGCGGAGAUGGCGAGUAUGAAAAAAACUUGUGUUACAUUCAAUGGUUCACACCUACACGCUAGUCUGACCGACGACUUCGUAACCACUCCCGAGAAGUAUAUGCGCAUACGUACUAUGUAAUAUGCCUGUACACCACGUUGUAUCCACGUUUAAUACUUUAAAUAUCCGUCAAGCGCAUCCGACAACAGGAAACCUAUGUACUUACGCAGCUACACGAACUGUAGUGUAUACUCGACCGUGCGUACUCUUGUACGAUAAAAAGGCGAACGAGAGAUGGAAGAGAGGGAGAGAAUCACACUCCGUCGAAACUUCUUGAAAAGUGAUACGCUUAAAAAUCAUAGAGAAUUAUAAGCUACUCUCUCUAUGGGACUUCAUCUUUCUCUCUCUCCCUCCCUUUCUCUCUUUCCUAUUAUCUUCCUUGUACCGACGCACGCCGAGAGCAUCGCGUUCCUUUCUUUUGUAACUGCUCGUCGCAAUUGGCGAUCGAAACAAUCAGUCGUUUUACAUUUAUAUUCAGCGGACGCGGAAAUGAGUGAUCCGACGAAUGCCUGAUGCUGGAUGAUAUUCGCGACGCGCGUGGAAAGAGAACGAAGACGAGAAGAAACGUUACUCCGAGACGUAUCCUCCCGGUAAAGGCUGGUCUGCAGCUUCAGCGCGCAAGUCGUAUCUGCCGUACUUGUACAUAAAACGCUAAACCGCAAUUGUCGCGAAUUGUCCUCGCGAAUAGAAUUUGUUCGCGUGAUAAAUCCAAUAGCGAGCGGCACAUGUAAUUGUAAUUCCCGAUCGGAUAUGAAGACAGCAUGCGUGCGUGCAUGUGUGCGUAAGAGGUCCACAUAGACGCGACAAAGAGAGCGCGAGAGAGAAAGAGAAAGUCUCCGAUAUUUAUAUCACUGUCCUGCCACCGGGGAAUCCGUGCUGGCACAAUUAUAAUAAAUUCCACUGUGCAACUAUGUUGCGCAAGGACGUUUAGCCCGUAGUUUUUUAGCCGAUUUUUCAAAGCGCGCGCGCGAGCGCGCGCAAAGUCACGAUUUUUAAUACAACACGACUGACUGCUGGUUAAGUAUGGUUGUGAGCAAAAGUCUUGGUCUCCUCAAAUUGUAAACAGUACACACACACACACACACAAAACCAACACAACAUAAAGUAUACGUCCUGGAUAAUAACCGAACAUGUGGUUAUACAUAAAAGUUCAUAUUAAUCUCAAUUUUUUUAUUAUAAUAUUAAAAUUUAAUUAUAGUCGCAAAUAUAUAUUUAAAAAUUACAAUUAUAUUUCAAUAUUAUAAUAAACAUGUAUUUGAGAUUAAUAAAAAGUUUUUUAGUGUUCGGACACUGGAACAUUUAACUUAAAUACAGAACACCACACACCUUACCUUAGAUACGUACCUUACACGGAGAGAACGAUUGUUGCAAACACAUUUAAAAUGGGAAUUAAGGCUUGUAAUCUAAAACGACCAUCUCCGCUCGAAAGACACAUUUCCUUUUCUUCUUUUUUUUGUAUAUUUGUAAAUUGAUGAGUAGAAGGAUCGGGCCAGGACCGAUAUAUUCUCGGUGUCUUUCAUUCCAUUGGCUCGUUGAUCGAAAAGCGGUGUACACAGCGAUAAAUGUGGUCAUGCGUAUCUGUGGAAAAAACGAGGCUGCGUAAUUAAUUAUCUUGUUGCGUAAAGAAUGAAAGAGAGAGAGAGAGAGAGAGAGAUCGGAUGAUCGCGCGUUUUUCUUCGUGUGUUGUGAGUGUUUAGUUGCAUCGAUUUGGCGAUGUUGAAAAGAUGAUGGGAGACUCCUGACAUUAAGUUAAUCAGCACUAUAGUUUCUCGCGUAGUGAGGCUUAUGUGUAUACAUUUUUUGACUUACUAUAUGUUCGUACUGUUUUAAUGGACGAAUUGUUGAACAAUAAAAUCGCUGAUUGCUACGAUAAUAAAUAAA